AUGGCGCCUUCUCUCCAACUCACACUCGUUAUCGUAGCGAUUUUGCUCUCGAGUUUCUGCUUUCCCGGAGCAACCGCCACAACCGGUGGCCUGAACAAUCCGUCUGUUCUGGAUUUCGCUUCUUCACCUCCUUCGCCGCACGACAUUCAUGACUCGUUCUCACCGACGUCGAUCUUCGAGCCGAUUCUGGCGAACCUAGGGUUCCAGGAACUCUCCAUGGCGGUUCCUUCGCUUUCUGAUGACUCGGCGUUCACUACCUGGAACGGUCCGUCAACUCUCUUCGCACCGACCGAUUCCUCCAUUCGAAGCUGUUCUUCGUGUUCAGUGGUUCGUCUUCUUCGUGAACACAUUGUACCAGGCUUGUUCUCUCACGAUUACCUCCGCAAACUCGCUUUCGGUACGAAAAUCGAGACAAUGGAUCCUGGUCGUUGCAUCACUGUGACAUCGUCGACUGGUGUGAACAAUUACACGAAGAUCUACAUCGGAGGUGUGGAGAUUACUCGUCCAGAUCUGUUUAACAAUGGCCUCGUUGUUGUUCAUGGUCUUCAAGGCUACGUUGCUCCUCUUUCUCCAUUCUCGUGUAACGUCGAACGAAUGACGUCUCUAUCAUUCCCUGUCCAGAGUGCAGAUCACAAUCGACAGAGCGUUGCACACCAAGCCGUUUACUAUCCAACUUACAUGAUGCGGCUGAUGCUGAGAGACGCUAUGCUGAGGCUACGCAACAGCGGAUUUAGCAUCCUCGCUCUGGCGAUGAAGAUGAAAGCACCGGAGCUGAUGAAUAUCCAGAACAUGACAGUGUUUGCACUCGACGACGUUUCUAUCUUCUCUGGUUCGCAUUCCUACGUCAACAACGUCAGAUUUCAUAUAAUUCCUAACAGGCUACUCGCGAUAGCGGACCUUGAGAAGAUCUCAUCUGGAACGCUACUGCCAACGCUCGAAGCAGGACAAUCGCUAAUGGUGACUACAACUGCCGGCGGAUUUACGCCGAUGAGGAUAAAUUACGUCCGGAUUAAGGUCCCUGACGUGAUGCGCAACCUGAAGAUCGUUGUUCAUAGCAUCUACUUGCCAUUCCCUCAUCUUCAUCCUUCUGCUGUUUCGUACGAUGGAUCUGAUGGUAGUGUAGACACCACCUCGCCACAUCUGGAAGAGAAGGAUAGGAUCAACAACCUUACGACAGCGCCGGGAUCGUGUACGAUGAUGGAUCAAGCUAGUGGAAGCUGUGCUGUUGGUCCCGCCAUUACUUCCAGAUCUGAGGUCAAGCCGUUGGUGGUGAGGGUGGAGCACCAAGGCCUAUAG